AAUUGACAAAUGAAAAAUUGUGAACGUGUUCUACUAUCUUAACUCGUGGGUACUCGGACUUUCGGAUAACUUUGAAGUUGGUCUAAUAAUCUUUGGAGGUUGUAAAGUACACAGUUUCAGAAACUGAAGUGUUGUCGAUUGUUUAUUUAUUUUUGAAUAUAGAUAAUUCGUGUCCAACCCUCUCUAAAGUUAAAUUGAAAUGUGGGCAGACACUUUAUUAAUUGUCUUCAUUUCUAUUUGCACAGCUCUACUAGGUGAAGGACUCACUUGGCUGAUGGUGUAUCGUACUGAAAAAUAUCAGAAAUUGAAAGCAGAAGUGGAAAAACAGAGCAAAAAAUUGGAGAAGAGAAAAGAAACGCAUGGAGAUUCUUUGGAUAAACAACACAAAAAGAAAAUUGAAAGAGAAGAGGAACGUUUGAAAAAUAAUAACAGAGAUUUGUCUUUUGUCAAAAUGAAAUCUAUGUUCGCAAUUGGUUUUGCAUUCACUGCUUUAUUAAGCAUGUUCAAUAGCAUAUUUGAUGGGAGAGUGGUCGCAAGGUUACCAUUUCUACCGUUGACAUGGAUACAAGGACUUAGCCAUCGAAACCUUCCUGGAGAGGAUUAUUACGACUGUUCCUUCAUUUUCUUGUAUAUACUAUGUACAAUGUCGAUAAGACAAAAUAUUCAGAAAUUACUUGGAUUUGCUCCUUCAAGAGCGGCAUCAAAACAAGGAAAUAGUUUAUUUGGUCCGACUCCGGCUCAGUUCAAAUAAUUUCAGUAGUUAAUGUUUCACAACUAUAGUAUCAAAUUCUGCUCUGAUUUAGUGUGACUAAAUUGAAAAAUAUUCAAUUAUCUGUGUUGACUUUACUAAGUAUCAACAUAUUGUUGAAUUGUUAAUGAUAUGUCGAUGGUGGAAAGUAUAUUCCCACAUCAAUGGGAAAUUGAAUAACAAUUUGUUUGUACUAUCAUUAUUGACUUUGUGAAGUGACACCAGAUAAAUACCUCCUUUUUUGUUGAAAUAAAUGUUUUUGUUUUGAAAAAAUGAA